GACCGACCAACGUAGACGUUGAGGCUUAUGUCGUGGAGUUGUCGCGAUGGCCACCGACCUGCAGGUAAUGAACUUAUUAUGUUCAAAUGAAGACUGUAAACAAUGAUUUAUUACUGAAGUAUUAAACUUUUUUAGCUACCUACAAGUAUUAUUUUUAAUAAUUAAUUUGGUUUCUCAUCACCGAUACCGCUUUUUUUUUUCAAAUAACACUAACACCCCUAACAUUACGUUGUCCGAUACUACUACUACUACUACUACAGUAGACUGUAGGUAAAGGCCCUACAAUUUCUGUACCGGUACGGAAAUAAUUAUUUCUACAAUUGUAAUUAAUAAUAUAUUUGAUUGUUGCACAAAUUUUGUGUUAUAUUUUCUUAUUUAUGCUUGAGUGUGUGCUGUUUUUUUUUUUCAAGUGACCAUUUUAUUGACAAGAAACUGAAUGGGACACGUUAGCUUACAGGGUUCAAGGAUUUAUCCUUGACCUUAGAUAACCAAACGGAGGUGUGUCAGGUUAUAAAAGCUUCCAUUGGUCGAACAACACACAGUCACACACACCUCCACUGACUUUAGUAGUAGGAAUAGCUGGAAUAUCGACUUAUUUACUCAUAUGAAAGUAGCCUAUUCAAAAUAUAUAUUCAUAAAAAAGCAAGAAAUAACAAACGAUAAUCAGAAAUAAUAAAGAUUUAAAUGUAACGUUUGACGUUGAAUUAUCCCUGACUCUGAAUUUUUCUCUUCUACUUCUACAAUUACAAUGAAUUGACUGCAGAGCCUCAAGCCGCAGAGCGAGAGUCGUAGUCGUAACGACAACGUCGAACGUAAUGACAGUAAUGUCAUCGUGACUUAAAAACAAAAUAAAAAACGCAUUCAUGUCUCUUAGUCUCUUUCAUGACUAAAACAUAAGUAUCGGAGUUGUCUACCCCGGGUAAAAUACAUAAUGAUCAUAUAGGCUAUAUCUUCCUAUCGGCAUCGGCGCACGCCGUGGGAUAAAAGCAUUUGGUACUUUCAGUGGCGUAAGAGGAUGGGAGGAGGAUGCGGUCCGCCACAUGUGGCACGUUUUUACAACGAGGGUGACAUUUUCGACCAACUGCAUUUUUUUUCGUAUAAGUGGGGCGGUGGCAAAAAGCUUGUCUCGCCCUAGACGACACUAACCCUAGCACUAGCAGCCACUGGGCCCCUCUAUGAUGGGCCUACAGUGGCUACAGAGACGCUGCUGGCUGUUAAAAGUUACGUCUUUCACAUAACCUUCACUAGUAGGGCAUAUCUAGUUUCAUUGAGAGAAGGGUCAAUGGACCGGACCAUUUUGCCUGGUCUUGUAUUCAAGAGGGCCUCUAAUUUACAUUGAGACUUAUCACAAUCGGUUAAAUGCAACUGAUAUUGUCUUAAAAAGAAAAGUCAUGCAAUGAAUCUGAUUGCACUAUUGACUAUUACUAUUAUAUUUAUACAUGCUGCUGAAACGCUAAGUUGUUCUCAUUUUCUUUUGGUUCUUAUGUCUGCUUAUAAAGGCUCCUAGCAGUCAGUACAAACGAAUAGUAACACAAAUAUAAAAAUUAAAAAUAAUAGCCUAGACUGACAUGUGCCCGCGAGGACAACAAGACGAACGUAGAUCAUUGGCAAAUAAGUAAGGUUAAUGUAGGCAAUGGGGGGAAGGAACCUAAUCUGAUUGCAGUACCCCCCUUAAGAUCUCCACUGGCUUCCUGUGAGUGAGCGCUAUAACCACAAUAUUCUAUUGCUGACGUACAGAUGGCAGACUCUGCACAGGAUUAUAAAAGACUUUAUUUUCAUAGCAUGCCAUAACCACAAUGAAUUCAGGUUAUGCAUGCCAAAAUGUCUAAUUUGCAUGCUGAUACAUGCCCUUCCCCCACGCCUAAAAUGUCCUCCCAGGGAUCACAUUUUCUGAAAGGAACAAUCCUAUGCCAAACUGCUCCCUUUGAUGAUUUUGAAUUUAUCAACACAUUUCUGGUGACUGUACCCCUCCCAAGGCCCCUUUCAAUUUUCGCUUUGUGAUCAUGAUCACCUAUUGACGUAGCAAUGGUAAGUGCAACCCUGAGCGGGCCAAGAUUUUUGCAGCCCUUUCCACAUUAAAAAACUCUGCAGUAGCUGAAAAUGCUGCCCCCCCCUCCCCCCCCCCCCCCUCAAACCCCUAUCGCCUACCCUUCUUAUGUCACUGGUACUGCUGACACCAACAAUCCCCAUCUGAAAUCUCUUUCAACCUUCCCCCCCCCCCACCUCCGCAGAGAAAUUGAAUUUUCUGAAAGGAACACUGGCUCUGAUAUUAACACUUUACAGGAGACAAACUAACUUUAACAUAGAGAUGAAAAAUUAAAUAUUUCAUAAAGUAUUGUCAUUGAAACCUAGGUAGAAUAUCAGACCAGAUGGGAUGACAGGACAACAGUAACUGGGAUAAGCCUGUAAAACUGGAAUGAUUGUUAAGCGUAAAAUUAGUAUUUGGUCUCAUACAGCACGACAAUGAGACAAAGCUUGUUUAUCUCUCUUUGUUUUUGGCUGGGGGGGGGGAUGAGUCAGGUUUUUCAUGGCUACAAAGUGUAUGGUGACCUAAGGCCUACAAAGGGUUUGGUGUCCAAAAUUAAAAUAAGUGCAACAAGAAUGAUGUGUCAUAGGUGUUCUAUGGCUUGUGGUAGAUCAAAAUCAUCCUUAUGCAUCCAUUCACAAUGAUAAAAAUAUCCCUUAGAUUUUUGGGGCUUUUUGCAUACUGCAUUUAUUUUUUCUUUAAAACACAACAAUUUUAUGACUUUGCUAUCACUUGGAUGUGAUGCACAUUUAAGAGAGAUUUAAAAGAUAGUUAUGACAGUUAGCUCUCCGUUUCAGUUUUUAUUGUUAUUUUCAGUAUUUGUCUGGCUUUGGUAAUGAGUUUGCUACAGAGGAUAGCCGAUGUCCAGGAGCACUUCCGGAUGGACAGGUAACAACAUAGAGUUGUCUAGAUUAUUAUGUGUCCAAAAUUAUAACACAAAGAAAGUACCGGUAAUAUUUAGAUCAUUGAUGUUGUUGCAUGAAUUAAAUGUUGGAUGAAAAGUUUACAACUGUUAUUGUAAGUUUGUCAAUUAAUUGUUAUAAAAAAUUCCCUCAUCAGAAUAAUCCUCAGAAAUGUGCUUAUGGCUUGUACGCAGAGCAACUGUCAGGAUCCGCAUUCACAGCCAUGAGACACGAGAACCAAAGAACGUAGGAUCUAGUUGUAAAUUAUAGUAUUUUUAAUAUUUUUAAUUUUAGAUUAUAAAAUAUUUUUAAAAUUAAAAUUUUUUUACUUAGUAGGCUCCAUUAUUGAAACUAUGUGCAGUGCGUGACUCACUGCAGUGGAUUUUUAUCACAUUUCAGUGAGUGGUACUGAGUUGAAUCUAAUACACUAUCAAUGAUUGGGACAACAUAACUCAGCAUACACAUAAUUAACAUUUAAAGAGCUAUCCAUAAAUAACCUUUGCAAAAAAGUUAAAUUUCAAUCCACUGUUGCACCAAUGCUUUUUUGGACACACCCCCUCUGCUAAUGAGUUUCCCCUACCAACCCUAUAAAAAAAAAGAAUUAAUUUUUUAAUAGACGAUUAUAAGUUACAAGAUAAUUAAAUGAUGUCAAUGUUGAGUUGUACUUCUACAGGUAGUCAAUUUGAAGAUUGUGGGAAGGGGACAUUUAAUCUGUGGGAUAUAGGAAAUAAUUUAAGUUUAAAAGGGGUGGGGAUGCAAAGUUAAAAUAUGACAUUUGUAAAAAGAAGUUAACCACUGUUAUUGUUUGCCGUAUAUUGAAAUAUAAUAUAUUUGACCUAUUCCAAGUUUUAUUCUACUUUGUUGAAUUUUCACUGCAUGCAAUGGCAGCAGAACUGAAAUUCAAGCUUUCCUUGUGGCAGCAUGGAGACCUUUUUUUUUUUAGUUCUCAAUUAAGAGGGGAGAGAUUUUGGGGGCGGAAAGGGGGGGGGGGGUUUGCCUUUAAAACCUUUUAGGUGCUCAGAUGGCGCCUGGGGCAAAAAGGGUAGUGAAACACUUUCGUAACAUGUUUUUUCACAUCUGCAGCUAACCGUUUGGUUUAUCCGAAUGAAAUAAUUAUCUCACAAAUUACUUCAUGGAUGGAAACAUACAAUGCUCUACAGAUGUCACUAGGUUAAAUAUUACUAGUGGAAUAUUUAGCAGAUUAUUUCUAAAAAAAAUAAAGCAACAGUAUGAUGAUAAUUACAAAACAUUUAACAAAUUUUUAGGUGAUAAUUGCUUUAUUGGAGAUAUAAAUAGGUCUUUAUGGACUGUGAUAUUUUCAGGAUAAUUAAUUCAGAAUGUUGUGAAUAUAUAUUUAUAUAAUACACACACCCCCGAGUCAUAUGCACCAGUACGCAAAAUCUCUGACAACGGCAAUCAACCCCCCCUUUCCUCAAUGCAUACAUAUGUCGUAUCUCCCUUAAGACAUACACAUGUCUGAAAGUGCCAUAUGAAAUACAUUAUAAUUUAAAGUUUGAUCUUAAAAACUGCACAAGCAGGAAACAGUACAUUAUAGCCUCAAAAACAGUUUAUGAUUAAACAAUUAGCUUUUUAGCUUUGCGUUUGAAAUUUGAACUUCAAGUAUUGAUACAAUUUUUCUGCACUUUGAUUUCAAUUUUUAAUGAUUAAUUAUUGAUAACAAGAUUUUAUUUACGUUCAGUUGGUUUUAUCGUAUUCGACCAUCUGUCCUGCAUAAACCUUUUAAUAAGAUUGAAAGAGGAUUAGUUACUCAUGACUGGGAUGCUGUGGAGCCUAAUCCAAAUCAGGCAAGAAAAUUAUUUAUUUUACAAUAUAAGAAAAUAUAAAAUAUAAAAUUGUUUUUAGCCAGGAUUUGUGUCGUCAGAUUCUCUAAGGAGAUAAUUAACUGUAAAAUAUGAGGAUUCUUUAUAUUUCCAUAAAACAUAUCAAGAGUUGAUCCUUACAUUUAGGCUACUGUAAAUCAUGUGACAUACUGAGUGUACACUGGCAUUGAUUUAUCUAGAGCCAAACGAUUAAAGUCCCUCUUAACCAGACGAACUAAGUCUAGGCUUUUUGUUUCAAGAUCAUGACUAAUAACCAAUUGCUAACUGGUCUUUGGGUGGUUGUUUUUGAUCAUGCCAUUUGUUGUUUUCCUUUAGGUAAAUUAUUUAAUGGUGUUAUUAUUAUUUUAAACUAUUAAAAGUUUUUAUCUUUUAUAUAGAACUAUUUAAAAAAAUGAUUGACAGAUUGUUACAUUUUGCUGUUUGCCAGUCAGUCAUUAACCCUUUCAUUACCGCUGGUUUUAAAAUAAAAGAAAAGAAAUUAAUAAAUGUUUUGGUAUUUUUCAUCCUCUAUCGGAUUCGCUUUUUAGCUUCUCUAUAAAUUAACUAAUGAAGAAAUAUAUAGCAUUGAAAUAUGACGUUGACGUGACGUCCUUGGUAUUUCAGAAAAGAAGAGGAGAUGUCAUUUCAACUAUUUAUAUAUAAUUUUUAAUAUCUUAUUGAUUACUAAUUAUUGAUUAUUAGUAUACUAUACUUUUUUUAUUAGUUGCAAUCCAUAAUCACCUUCAAUAAUAAAAAAUUUAUUAAAGUUAACCAUAAAGCCUUAAAAUAAAUCUCCCCAAAAAUUUAAUAAUUUCAGGAAAGAGAUAAAUAAUUAAAAACAUAUGCAUAAUCCAUUUUAUGAUUAAUAUACAUGUACAUAUACAUUGGUUACUAGCACUGUUUUUCAAAUACUACUGAAUACCUUACUAACGUUAAAUGUAAAAUGUACAUUUAAAUAUGGAAUUCAUUAAACAAAUUUUCAGAUGCGGUGGAAGCCUUUUGAUUUUCCAAAAGAUAAACAAGAUUUUUUAGAGGUAAGUAGGUUUAAUAGAUAAUUUUGUACUUCUAAAAUUUAUUGAAUGGUUGGUUUAUGCUCAUGCAGGGAUUUAAAUUUUUGAAAGUUUUACCACACAUGUUAUUUCUUAAGUUUUAUUAAAAUUAAACAAGGAAACAAAAUCUAUUUAUUUACCCUUAUUUCUCAGAUUAUGCCCAUUUAAUUUGGAAACAUAAAAAUUAUUUUUUAGGUAUUAUUAUUUAGAGUAUUUAAGAAAUAUAUACUGCUUUUUUGAUUUUCUGCUGUCAAUUAUUCGAUUAUUUCCUGUCAUAGGGUCUAGCAACCAUAUGUGGAGCUGGUGAUCCAAAAGCAAGGAAUGGAAUUGCUAUAUAUAUCUAUACUUGCAACAAAACUAUGGAAAACAAGUGAGUCCAUAGCUUCAAGGUAACUCAACUGUUUCUAUUUAAAAACAAACAACCAGAAAAAAAAAAUAAUGAAUAAUAAAUUAGAGUCUAGCCUUAGCUUGUCUAUCAAAUUUUUGUUGUUGUUAAUAGUGAUUAAAAAAUGGAGAAAUACAAAGCUUUUUAUUUAAGCAGCUUGCUUAAUUUUUUUUUAAAACUAGGUGUUUAUACAGUUCAGAUGGUGACUUCUUAAUUGGUAAGUAAAACAAGACUAACAUGAGUACUCUGUGUUAUUGUGAAACCGUUUGUCCUACACAGUUCCUUAACAUAUUUGUAGAUAAUAAUUUUCUAUUUUAGAAUAUUGACAUUUAUUCAAUCAAUUCAUUAAAAAGUAUUUUUAGUAAUCCGAUUUCAAGUUUGCUGAUUAAUUAAAUAGUCGGCAAUAAAAUAAAAUAAAUCAAACCUCUUGUAUAUUGUUCUAAUGUAUUUUCUUGUGCUCCAUGUUAUGAAAAUGAGAAAAUAAGACUUUUAAGUUGGAAUAAUAUACUAGAACUGCAUCAGAUUAAAAGGAAAUCAUAUAUAGCCAAGACUGUCAUAUUCUUUCUGAUAUUUUCCUUUACUCCAGGCCAUUUUCUAAAAGAUUAUUGAUAUUUAUCUUAGUUAUAUUAUAACGAGCAAUACCUUAUUUUAACUAGAAAUAUCACUUUUGGUCCUUUUGAUAACAAAAUUAAUAUAUAAUUGUUUAAAUUUAAAACAAAGGGGUAUAUGGAAUAUCUAUCAUACUUAUCAUUUUUAUUUAAUAAAGUACAAACAACUUCCAAUGUGGAAUUAAUAGACAUAUCUUGAUUCUUUCCUUUUUUAAAUGCUUAAUUUAGUACCUCAAGAGGGAACUCUCUACAUUACAACAGAGAUGGGAAGAAUGAAUGUACAACCAAAUGAAAUUUGUGUCAUUCAGGUAACAUUAAAAUAAUUAUUUAAAAAAAGGGGAAUGAAUGAAACAAGGUAUGGGAAUACCUGAAAAAAGGAAUGCAACAAAACAACUAACGUGUCGGCAGGAAGCAUUCAUCAGUCAACGGCAAGCACCCACGUGACAGCAUCAUUGCCGGUAACUUUAACUGCGCCAAUAUAGACUGGACCAUGCAUACUGCCCACUCCACCGGCAAAAACAAUGCCAUUCAGCAAUCACUGGUCGACUUAUCCUCAUCCUCUCUACUCACACAAGUGCAGAAGACACCGACACAUCACAACAGCAUCCUAGAUCUAAUCUUCAUGUCCAACCCCACCCUUGUUAAACAAUCCACGUGUGUCCCAGGCAUAUCUGAACAUGACGCAGUGGUGGUUGACUUUUACUCCAAAGCUCAAAUAACAUGCCCGAAACCCAGGAAAUCUUACAAGUUUGAUAAGGCAAAUUAGGACAAGAUCAAGCUAGAUCUUGCCGCUGUUGAACAUGCCAUCCUAAAAAAAUACAAGGAGGGAGAUGAUGUGGAUAAACUAUGGUCGACCUUCAAAAAUGUCUCAUCCAACAACAUAAAUCAAAAUGUCCCCUCAGCCACAGCAAAGAAUCCAUGUCAUCGACCAUGGCUGAACACACGGCUCAAGAAGCUGCUGAAGAGAAAGAAAAGACUAUUGAAGAAAGCCCAAACUACCAAAAAGUGGACCCUGUACCGCCAGUUCCAGAAACAAUGCCAUAGGGAACUGAGAAGAGGAGAGUGGCAGCACAUAAAUGUAGUCAUUCAAGAAGGCCUAGAAAACAACAACACAAAAAAUAAAAUACAAGAAGCAAGACAACAUCGGCGUAGCCCCCNCCCGAAACUCCUAAGCGAUGGCCAAUGCAAAGCAGAAAUUCUCCAAAGGCAGUUUCAAUCUGUCUUCAAAAAAAUUUCCACCACAGUCAUACCAUCCCUAAAACCUUCACCUGGUACAGUAGGCCCCCUCAACAUAACUGAACCAGGAGUAGCCAAACUUUUCAAAAACUUGAAGCCCAAUAAAGCGCCCGGAUGUGACUGUAUCACCAACAUUGUCCUGAAGACCCUGGCUGACAAAAUUGCCACAAUCAUCACCCGCAUUUUCCAAAAGUUGCUUGACUCCAUCAAACUCCCGAUAGACUGGCUUGAUGCAAAUACCACUAGUGCCUACAAGAAAGGUGACCAUCAUAACCCAGCAAACUACUGCCAAUAUCCCUGACCUCCGUCCCAUGCAAAAUCCUAGAACACAUAAUCUGGUGCCACAUCAUGAAUCACCUUGAACAGUACAACAUCCUGACCAACCUAAACCACGGUUUCCGCUCUGGAUUCUCAACAGAAACUCAAUUAAUCAUCACCACCAAUGACCUCUAUGCUUUCUAUUUGAAGAAAUCUGCACCACUGCCCAACCUCCUAUCUUGCACUCAUCCAUCCACUACUAGAAUAUGGUGCGAUCAUCUGGGACCCAUACCUAAAGCAAGACAUGGACAAGAUGGAGCGAAUCCGACGUAACCCAGUGCGCUUCAUCGCACGAGAGAUUCAUCGCACGUGACCACUAAUCCACCACUCCUGGCCUCUUACAAAGUUUUGACAUCCCCUCCCUAAAAGAUAGACGAGAAAAGCUCCCCCUGACAUUCUUAUAUAAAGUGGUCAUGAGGCUAGUGCCGGCCAUCCCAGCAAACACGUAUCUCACCCCACAGAAACCAGGUCGCUUAAUCAGAGCCAAACGCUCACUAAACACAGACUUCACCUCUGACAUCUAAAUGCUUCACUGUGCCUCAGUGUAACACAGUCCAAUAUAAACAAUCAUUUUCCCCAAGCACAAUCAUUGCUUUGAGCCACCUGGACCAUACCGCUGCAAACUCGACGUCAAUUGAGAACUUCAAAACUACCCUAGCAUCCGCUAGGAGCCGUUAAAAUACCAGCAUCGCAUCCACAAUCAUUGAAAAUAUGGAUUCAGCAGAGUACCCUACCAGGACAAACAACAGUAAAAUCAGAGUUAAAUAAAAAUAGCACUUAGCUGAAAAGUAGUAUUUCAGGUAUUCCCAUACUUUGUUUCACUCAUUUCCCUUUUUGCUAACCUGAUAGCAGUCUCUCUUCCGGCCUUUUCCCCCAUUAACCUAUUAAAAAAUGUAUUUCUUUUGUGUUAUCUAAAAUGAAUUAUUAGUUGUAUAUUUAAAUCCAUAAUUGUUACUUUUUAUUUUUGUUAUAGAGAGGAAUCAGAUUCAGUGUGGAUGUCAAAGGGAAUAGUCGAGGUUAUACCUUGGAAGUGUUUUCCGAUCAUUUUCAACUUCCCAGUUUAGGACCCAUUGGUAAUUUAUACUCCUGUACAAAAUACCUUUUAAAUGAGAUUAUUUCUUUUACAAACUUUCAUCUAAAGCUACAUGAGUUUAACUGUAGAGCAGAGAUGGCCAUGUCUAUAACCUUAAACUUUUCUACUGUUUUACUGUUGCAACAAAUAUUUGUUCUUUGAAUAUAUAAAUUUGUAUUGACAGAUUGAGAGCAAGAAGAAAAUAGAAGUUAGUAUUAAAAAAAGUUUUUGGACACUAAGCACACUUCCGUAAAAUGUUUGAAUAAAAAAGAUAUGAAAACAAAAAUAUAUUAACUACAGUUACUCCUUUUAAGAUAAAAGAUCAACUGCAUAUUAUUAGAAUUAACUAUACUGCGACUCAUCUGUUAAAAAUAUGAAGCCAAAGUUUAGUCUUAAUUGGAUAGCAUUGCUUUAUUUUGAUUAAAUUCACAGGCAUUUUUUUAAAAUUAUUUUUAAAAAAAAAUCAUUUACAUUUUGGACCUCACAUAAAAAAUAGAAUGUUCACCCCCUGCAGCCACCUGUUUCAAUUUAUUUACAUACAAUCAUGUCAUACAACAGCAAGUUAAUGAAGUCACCAUAAACUGUUUUAAGUUUUAAUUAAAUAUAUCAUGUGUUCUCUCCAAACUUUUCCCCAUGGCACCCAGGGAGGCAGCAGCUUCCACACAAGGAGGCUGCCAAAUAAAAUUAUGAAGAUUGUGUAAUAUUUUUUACUAGUGAAUUAUCUAGCGAGCUCACUUGUGAUAUAAAAAGCUCAGUAUGAAGAUAGUUACAAAAGAUUGGUAUGAUAUUUUAUAGCCUUCAAAAAUGAUUAGAAUUCAUCGAUUUCACAGAUUUUUAGAUAACAGUUUGCUUUUAUAGAUAUAAUAUUUAUGGACUCAGAAUAUCAUCAUAAUUACGGAAGAAGUGGUGAACAAAUGAAUAUACAUUCUGCCGAGGAAACACCCCCACCUUCCACCGUGACAUAGUCCUUAAUACUCCUUAAUCAAUAAUGGCAAAAAAAUAGACAAAACAUCAUGAAAUACUUGUCUUUUCUAGUAAAAGAUCCCAGUAUCUGGUCAGAAAUUAAAUCAAAUUUUGUCAUUGCACGUUAUUUGCCUAUGCAACAAAAGUUUCCUAUUUUCAAAUGAAAUUUCAUACGAUUAAGUUUAAACCUUAUAAUGUAUCGUGCUGCGUAAUGACUAGUUGACCACAUUUAAAGUGCUGUCCAUUCUUUGACCAAAGAAUAAUUAAUUAUUAUUAUUUGAGGAAAUUCUUCAUUUUGAUUUUAUAAUUAACUAUUUCUAAGUUAAUUUACUUAUCAACAACAUUUUAAUUAAUUCAAGAACAAAAUUAUUGUCUUCUUUUGCUUUUUGUAAAUUUUGUAUAGUAUAUCUAACUUUGUUUACAGGUGCUAAUGGACUUGCAAAUCCCCGUGAUUUCUUAACUCCAGUUGCAUGGUUUGAGGACAGAGAAGUGAAAGAAUACACUAUUGUCAAUAAAUAUCAUGGGCAGUUGUUUAGUGCAAGUCAGGUAAUUUUUACUUCUGAAAAGAUCUCAUAUUUUCUUUCAUUUAGCUCUUUGAAAUCAUCCUAAACCGAUUAAAGCUUAUCAUGUAGCAUCUUAAAAUAAUUUAUUCAGUUAUAGAUCAUUUUACCAUUACAUGUAUAUUUGUGAGCUUAAUCUUGUUUAAAUUAAUGAUAAAAAUAGAUGCUUUUCUUUUGAGCUUUUGAACUCUUUUAGAAAAUAUAGAAAUGAAAAAGGUAUAAAAUGACAGAAGAAAAAGUAGGUUCUGCUGAGAGCACAGUUUUCUAAAAAAAUAAUUAGUUACUGCUAAUAAAUGUUAACUAGAAUUUAAAAAAAACAAUAAUUAUUUAUAGAGAGAGCUUUUGUUUGUAUAAAUUCAAACACAUGAUAUUACACCAACAGAUUGGAAAAAUAUGGCUUUUAUUUUGGAAUGGAGCAAAAGUGAAGAAUGCCUAAAACAUUGCACAAAAGAUUUUUCUGUACAGACAGCUCCUACUAUAUAUUUUUCCUACAUAAAUCUUUCCUCAGAGUCAUUCACCAUUUGAUGUUGUGGCCUGGCAUGGCAAUUACGCACCUUACAAAUACGACCUCAGUAAAUUCAUGGUUAUUAACUGUGUGGCGUUUGAUCAUGCAGUGAGUGGAAGUUUUGUUUUAUAAUUCCUAAAUUCUUCUUGUUCUCAUUAGAAAUUAUGUUCAUGAGAAUAUCAUCUUGUCCAGCAAGGAUUUACAGUGUUUCAAGCUUUGGACAACCUUCAUUGCUAAGCUGCCAUUAUUUUAACUAAGUCGCACAGUACCGUACUUAAAGUUAAAGGGAUGAUUACACUGUAAAAGUGUUGACACCACACAGAUGCAAUUAAUAAUUCAUCAAAAGGCUGUUGUUGAAUUAAUUUUAAUUUGUGUUUUGUGUUUAGGUCAGUAAAAUUUCUGCCUUUGUUGAUAGCUGGAGAGCAAGAACCUUUAAAGUGGAUAAUAAGAAAAUACUUCAGAUUGGAAGUGACAGGCAAAUUAAAAGUUAAAUUCAAACAGUAAAUAGGAUUCUAAGUACAGUUCAAAUAUAUCUUUCUUAUUAGUAAAUUAAGCUGGUUAAUUUUUAAAUGUUUCAUUUUCUCUUCACAGGAUCCUUCCAUCUUUACUGUACUGACCUGCCCUUCCUUAAAACCAGGUGUAGCUAUUGCUGAUUUUGUAAUAUUUCCUCCUCGCUGGUCCGUUCAAGAACAUACCUUUCGGCCACCUUAUUAUCACAGUAAGAUUUUCUUUAAAAUGUGUAGGCUACUAAAUUCAAUCAAGAAGCUAUAAGUUUGUUAAAUUUGUACAAGACAUUGUUGGUAGAAGCCAUCCAUAUCUACAUUUGAAAGGUCUAUGCAUCAUUUCAUACAGCAGGUUUUUUUUAUGUGUUUUGUAGAAAAUCUUUGGAUUAUGUCUAUUAGCAUAUGUCAAUAACAUUGACCUUCCUGCUGAUCCACAAAUCCUGCAUAUUGCAGAGCUGUUUUUUUUUUGGUUGCAAUCUCUAUUUUAUUUUUUUGAAAGCAUUGUUCUUUCCCUGUGAUGUAGCAUUCUUCUACGAUCAUCUCAGCAGUUGUUUUUCAUUUAAUAGUCACUAUCUCGCUGUCACUUUUGUCAAUUUCUGCGGGUUGCUGGUCCAAGGUGCUCAAGGGCAGUGGAGUAAAUUGUCUCUUAUCAAUAUUCUCAAGUUCCUACAAGGAAGUGUCGCACAAAAGAUAAAUUUUAUGAUGAACUAAACAAUCUCAUCUCAAAAGUUCCAAAAUCAGAGAAGCUCAUUGUCUUCAUAGUAGGAACAAACCGCUAGACAUGGCAAGGUCAGAAAAUUUAAAAAAAGCUUAAUGUCUGCAAGCUGAAAUGUCCAAAGACAGCUGAAGGAUUUUUGAAAGAAUCUGAAAUGCAGACUAUUUACAUUUAGAAAUGUUCUUACAGCAAAAUUGUUAUUUGUUAGGAGUAGUAAUAUUUCUGCUCUAUAAAUAAGCACCAAAGUCAUUUAAAGCCUGCAAGUGUAAUUGUGUGUAAAUGAGACUCUAAUGGCCACAGAUAUAAAUCUUACAUUUUAAAGUACAGAUUCUUAGCAGUUCUUUUAGUCAUUCAAUACAAAGGCAAUGGAUUCUCUUUUUGAUAAUCCAUUUCAUUCCAGUGUUGUCCAGUUGAUGUUUUAUCUCUUGUUUAAAGUUUAUCUGGCCAUAAAAUCUUUAUAAUUUAUUAGUGAAUUUUAGUAUUGAAAUAAAUCAUUUCAGGGAACUGCAUGAGUGAAUUUAUGGGACUCAUUUGUGGAAACUAUGAAGCAAAGGUGACAGAUUUACUUUUUACAUUCCUUGAAUUUUUACUUUAUUUCUUGAGAAUUCUAGUGAACUUGGAAAAGAGUCAUUUACUUUUAGAAUCCAUGACUAACUUUCAUGAUGUUAAAUAUAUACAUUUGUAGGAAAAUGCCAGAGGCUUCAUAAAUAUUUGUUUCUAAACAUAUAAGUUCAAAAUUUAAUGCAUUUUUUUUUAAUAUGAAAAUGUGCAAUACAUUGUUAUGGUGAUCAGAUGCAAAGAAGAAAAAAAAAAUGCUACAGAGAAUUUUUUACUAAGAUCUAUUUAUUCAGAAAUAACAUUUAUUUUUGUUUGUUAUGUGAAAAAAUCAUAACUUUUGAUGAGCUUUUGACCAAAAUAUAAAAGAUUUAGUAAAAUGUAUUUAAAAAAAAAAAGGAAAUAAAAAAUUCACCACCCAUCCAAAAAAUAAUUCACCAAUUUCACAGGUUAUUAUUAUUUUCCCUGUUUAAAAUGAUUUAUACACAAGAAAACAUAUCAGUAGAGAAUUUAAACUUUAUGGUACUCAGUUAGAUAGUUUCUUGUUUUAUAAAAACAAAGGUAUGUGCGCUACUUUUUAUUGUACUUUUUAAACAAAUUUUUUUUUUUGCAUUCCUAAUUAAUAGCACACUUUACAAUUUAUUUUUAAAUUUGUGCAUUGGAUGUAAUCUAUUACAUUUUGCGUACAUCUAGUUACUUUUGGUGUCCCUAUUCAUCUCUCCCAAUGCCAUUAGUAAUUAUACCUGAAACCCCGCGAAAGAAAGGAGGAGGCGAUAGUAUCUGAUUUUAUUUUACCAAGGUUCCCAAAUGGUUGCUCUGCUGAUUUGCUUAACAUAAAUUACUGCUUCCUGUCAAGCCAUUCCACUUCUUAGCUUUUGUGACCUCCUCCUUUUCCAUAUUACAACUUCUCUUGUGCUCUCACUUACAAUACUGAAUCAAUGAAUGUGGUUUGAAAAUAUUUUCACCCUAAAAUAUUUUAUUUUUACACACACAAAAAUUUAUCAAGCUGUGGUGAGUCAUUUAAAAUCAGCUAAUGGGCCGCACUGCCUUUUGGUUGAUGUAUCCAUUUAUUAACUGGUCAAACACCUCACAUGAAUGAAUUGUAUGAUUUAAAAAUAUUUGGUUUUCUUCACCAUCAUAUUUUUUUCUAUUGGUCACAUAAGAAAAUCAAUUUCAUGUUCUUUAAAAUGAAAUAUAUCAUCAUAAGUAGCUCCAAAUGUAUUGUUUACAUUCCUUAGCAACAGUGGCCUAGAAUAAUGGCUUCACUCCAACGAGAGGAAAACGAGGAAAGCACAGAACCACAGAUGCCCCCCCCCUCCUUUUUUGUUGUUUUGUUGCCAAGACCACUCCCCUACUUUCGCUUGGGAGCUCUCAGCACCUUUGCUUUCUAUUCUGCUCCCCUACCCCUGUUUAGUGUUGUUUACUUAAAGUAUGCACUUGAUACACAAAAAAAUCUGGUUUUCCCAUUAGUGCUGAGCAUUUUGGACACACAGAAGGAAUGAAAUAAAUAUAUUUCUGUGCUUUUAUUUAUUUAUAUAUAUAUAUAUGUGUCUGUGUGACUGUUUGUGUUUUUGUGUUAUAAAAUAUUCACACAUAAAAUGCUGCAAUUUAAGUACCAUAUCUUAUUUAAAAUUGGUGUUUAUAAUCAUUGUCUUGCAAAUUUCUGUUUACUCUAGUAAAACUGCUGAAAAUGUAAACAUGUAUCUAAUCACAAAAAAUACAUUUUUUUAGAUUAAUAAAAAGUUUCUAAUAAGAAAUUCAUCAGUUAAUAUCCCUUUUAUAAUCUUCAAUUGACUUUUACAGGAAGAAGGUUUCUUGCCUGGGGGUGCAACCCUUCAUAGCAUUAUGACACCCCAUGGACCAGACUAUGAAUGCUUUGAGAAGGCUUCAAAUGGAGAGCUUCGACCCCAAAAAAUAGCAGAAGGAACCAUGGUUCGUAAUUCUCAAGAUUUGUAAGAAACUGAUUGAAAAGUUAACAUUUCUUUUAUCUAUCAUUCAAAUUAUUGUUUUACUCAUGAUAACACUGUUUUUUCUUUAUCAAGACUUUUAUGUUUGAAUCAUCCCUGAGUAUGGCCAUUACAGAGUGGGGCAACAACACUAAAGUGGAUGGUAACUAUUACGAAUGCUGGCAACCCCUAAAAAAACACUUCUUUCUCCCCAAGGAUGUGUCCACUGGUAAGUUUGAUAUUUGGAUAGUAUGAUGAACAGAUUAUUGUAUUAUUUGUAUAUUUGAUAACAUUAGAUGAUUUUGUGAUCUUUUAUUUAUUUAUACCAUAUUGUUUUUAUGCUAGCUAAAUAAUCAACCUUUUAUGGUAGAGCAAAACAUAAAUGUAGCAUGGGUUUUAAUUCUGAUUGUAUAUUUUUUAAAAAAUAACCUGGUACAUUUUUUUUCUAUAGCAAAUUAUCAAAUUAAGAGGAUGUGUUUAUAAAUCAUAAAUCAUUGUGUCAAAAAAAAUUAUUUGUAGUUAUAGGUUACUGUUGUUUUUCUUCAUUCAUUAACUCUCCACCAGGAGAUAAAAUAAAAAACAUUUCAAUUUACAUUAAAAAAUGUAUAAGCAUAUUUUAAUGGAAUUCUGUAUUAGGCAACCUUGUAGUUUACGGAAACAUAUUUUUUCUAAUUCCUUAAUUUUGUUUCUCCCCAGACAGCCCAAAAAAGAGAAAAAAAUAAACACUUUGCCUAAAGUAUUUCAGAAUUCGAAAAUAUUGACCCCAAUAAUUUUAUGGCUCAUGCUGGGUAGGAAAAGAUGACUCUAGGUAACGGUCAUAUUUCUCUAAUAAAUUAAUAAUUUUUCAUUAAAAGAUUAUUUUUAUUUCCAUGAUUUCUCUUCUUCUAAAAGGAAAUGAUUUUUUUUGUUACAGACAUUUUGGGUAAAUCUUAGUUUUUUUUGUUUGUUGUUUACCUGAUUUGAACAAUGACUUAUUGUUUGUAUCUUCACUUGUAAAACUUGUUGGCAAUAUUUUAACCAUAGUUAUUUUUUCCACCUCUAGCUUUUGAAAUCUUAUAAAAGUUGUAGCUUAGUAGUAGGCCUAUAUAUGCCUGGAAAAUUCUGGGGCAAAUUUGUUUCAAUGUGACUUGACCUAAAUUAUACAAUUUUUUGAUUUAGGAAUGACCUUUUUUUUUUUUUUUUUUUUUUUAAUUGUCCCACCAAUUUUUUUUUGAGAUAACAGGUAUGAAAAGCUCACAAAAAUUAGUAAAGGGAAACUUGUGCAAUCAGAAAUCAGAGUCAAUUUUUUUUUUUUUUGUUUUUUUUUUUUUUUUUUUUUUUUUUUUUUUUUUUUUUUUUUUUUUUUUUUUUUUUUUUUUUAAUUGUCCCACCAAUUUUUUUUUGAGAUAACAGGUAUGAAAAGCUCACAAAAAUUAGUAAAGGGAAACUUGUGCAAUCAGCAAUCAGAGUCAAUGUUUAUUUUGAGGAGUCUAUACAUUGUAAUUGUUUAUAGUUAUUAAUCAGUUUUGUGGCAUUCAAUAAUGUUAUUUACAUAUUUUCAACAUAGCCUUUAUUUUGAGGAGUCUAUACAUUGUAAUUGUUUAUAGUUAUUAAUCAGUUUUGUGGCAUUCAAUAAUGUUAUUUACAUAUUUUCAACACAGUCUUUAUUUUGAGGAUUCUAUACACCAUAAAUGUCAUAGAUUUUGUGGCACUAAAAAAUGUUAUUAAUUAAUAAAUUUUGUACAAAAGAGAAAGCAUUUAUGAAAGCUCAACCAAUUGUCAGUUUGUGCUUAUUUCAUCCGGCAGCUAUGCUUGAAGAUAAUUUAAAAUAGAAAAUACUUCCCUUAGGUAUCACAGGCUUGAAUUUUAAAUUCUUCCAAAAACAUUUACUAGAGAGGUUUUAGCAUCUUUGUUUUGACUAUGAAAGCAGCACACAAGUUUGCUUUUGAUUAAAGUUUACUACUUUAGGGAAUUUAAAGAAAUUAAAUUUUAUUAAGUAGUAUAAAUAGAUUUGCAUUUAGAUCCUUCUGUCUGCCAAAGAAGGCUGGUAGCUGAAUUGUUCAGGAUUCUAUUCCAACAAUGCCUCACUAAAAAAACAACUGUUUUACACUUGUGUCUUUUAAUCAAUUUUACAAUAAUCAUGUGACAACCUAGAGUCAGACAAAUAUUUUCAUCUCUUGCAACCCUUAUCGUUACAUUCUUAAAUUAGUAUGGUAUCCUAAUGUAAUGAUGUAUUUUCCUAUGUGAUGGUAAGUUAUGUAUUACCUUACAAACAUGGGCGCCCGCAGAAAACUUUCUAGGGGGUGGCAAAAAAAAGCAUUAACUUUCCAGGGGGGGGGGGGGGCAACAAUUUUUUUAGGGGGGAGCAAACAUUUUUUUAGUAAUGUUUUAAUAUAGUUUUAAUUUACUGUAGCGUAUUUUUAUGGUGAACGAACGGACAGGACAUCAGCUUAGUUACUUUCUCUUUAUUUUCUCUUUACUUAAAUAAAUUUUGUGUCUAUUUUUGUCUAAAAUUUUUGUAUCCAAUCAAUCCAGGGGGGGGGGGCAAGUGCCCCACCUUGCCCCUACCUGCGGGCGCCCAUGCUUAAAAAUAUAAGUCUAAGGUUGAGAAUGUGCAUUUAAUGGUCUAUAUUGUGUAAGCAUCUGUUACUUUUUAUGAAAGGAUUGGGGAUCCAAUAAUCAGGUUUUAUAGAUUAUAAAUAUAAGGCAUAAAGUGUUAUGCUCCCAAUUCCCAAGUGCCUAUAACCAGUCUUCAGAAUUGGACAUUUUGUUGUAAAAAAUGUUAUUUGAAAUAUGAUUAUGGUAAAAAUACUGAUUGUUUAAUUAUGUUUUUAUGCAUUGAGGGAGGAAAUAGAACAAUGAAAUAUCUUGAAUAACCUUGUCUUCUUUUUUUAAUCAGAUCAAGACUGAUCAUAUUGAACAAUAUAAUUUUAAGCAUUGUUAAUAGUUUUAACUACAAAAAUAUUAAUUUGAAGUGUACUAGUUUCUUCAAUCAAGCUGAUUAAAAUAAUUACACUACAUCUUUAUAUUCUAAUUUGGAUUUUUAAAUUUGCUUAAUUUUUGCCUUUGAAUGUCCAUUCCUCAACGAUCUUUAUGGUAAACUUCGUUUAAAAAUAAUUUUUGUUAUUAUUAAUAAACUUAUUUGUAUUAUUUUUUUCAAAAUUUCUAAUUUCAAAAUCAAUUAAAGUUGAAGAUUAAUCAUCAUAUGGCUUAAAACAGAGUUAUAUUUACUUACGAUUUGAAUAAACAUCAUCAAGAUGACAAAACAAUUGGAUUGUUCUUAAAAUUAUUUUUGAAUUACCUGAGUUAAACACAUCAGAUGCUUUUUAUAUAUAAUUAAUUAUAUAUUUAAUUAUAUAUAAUUAAUUUUCUAGAGUUGUGUUUAGAAUCUCCUCAAUAGAGAAAAUGUCAUAAUUAUUUGCAACAAAUUCUUAAAUUUUGUCAAAAAAACAUUGACUGUUUGCUGUGCUGGUACACUGAGGUCAAGGCACUUUGGUUACGUCACAAACAUUUGUUUUUAGAUAAUUAUAGAGUCAGUUUUGCAUCUUUCAAUAUAUAUAGUUCAGAUAGACAUCUGCCCUAAAUAUGUCUACAUAAUCAGUGCAACCUUCAUUGAAUAUUAUCUUACUAUUUUAGGAGCAUGAAUAAAAAUGUUUAUAUUAAAUUAUAUAUUUGUAUUUUUAUGUAUGCACUUAAAGUAGAGACAUCCAUAUAUAACGUAAACAUAGCAGUGAGCGAGUUCAUGAUUUUUGGAGCUUUAAGUUUGGUUGUAUCUGACCCAGGAGGUGGGUGUCAUUGACAGAAUGUGUAAUUACAGUUAUUCACAAAUUCUGAAAUGGUUAUCCUGAAAUUCUGACGGUCCAUAAAUAGCUUAUUCAUUUCUCUAUAAUAAAGCCAACUGUCACCUAAAAUGCUGUGAAUCUAUGAUUUCUAUUUUCAAAGGCUUAAAAAACCACAGCAAAGUUUUGUCAUUAUAAUCAUACUGUUGCUUUGUGUAUUCACAAAUAGCUGGAUAGAUAUCAACAGUAAUAUUUAGCACAGUGACAACUGUAGUCCAAUGUAUGCUUCCGUGUUUGCAAUAUAAUUAGUGGAAGCUGCAGACACAACAAAAAACAUGUUACAGCAGUGCUUCCUAACUGUUCUUGCCCUAGGACCCAACUGAAAAGGUUUAUUCCCUCCACACUCUUACUGGAAAACUAAGAAAAAAGUGGUCUCCAUGUUGCUGUAAAGAAUAUUACAUUAAAAUUUUGUCACCUUUUUUGACCUUUAAGAUUCAACAUCGUAGAAUAAAAACUUACAAUAAGCUAUAACUUAAGUCAAUUUUAUUUCUUUUGUGAUAUAUGAUAUAUAUAACAGUGAUUCGCUUGUCAAGUUUCAACAUAUCCCAUCCCCCCCCCCGGCUCUUUGAAACUUUAAUCCAUAACAAUAAUCUAAAAUCUGUCUCCUCCUGGUCGCAUGCCCCACAUUGGAAAACACUGGUUAACGGUGACUACCUUUCAUUUUCAGAUGUAAUAAUGGUCUACAAUUAAUCCUUUACAAAAUCAACCAAGUUUGAGAGCAUAUUAUUAAUUUUAAACUUAACUGAACGGAUCAUUUGUUAAUACUAAAGGGUUUUAAAUUAAAACCAUGAGCAGAUGGAUUUUACUUUCCAGAAAACAUUAUUAGAGUUAGCUCAGAGCCAACGUAAUCACGUCCUUUUAUAAGCUAAGUCACCUUUUCCAAUUCUUCUGUUUUGUUUUUUUCUGUUCUGUUCGCAGUAGAUCAUGUUCUGCCAAAAUGCCAGUAUUAUUGUUUUGUUUUAUAUUUCAAGUUCAAGGGUCACAUAAAUUGUUCAUCUUCUUCUAUAUUUUGAGGGCACACGAUCAAUGAAUUGAUCAUUCUGGCUCCUAUGUUUCAGAGGGGUUCGUAAUGUAAUUGUGCAUGGUUUUGGAGGGGAUACUUCACUGGUUGCAAGGGCUACUCAGCAAUGGUAUUACGAACUGGGGGUUGGAAGACGGGAGGCAAUAAACACAAAUGUGUCGAGUGUAGCCACCUCAACCGUUGCUUUUGGAAGCUUGUUCAAGUCCCUUAUUGUCUUUGGCAGGAAUGAGGAGCUCCUGUUCUUGUUUUUAUGAGCCGGAGCUGCCUGUCGUAGCCUUAUUGCUUUCUAGAGGGGAGAGGAAUGAGUUUCUGUUUAAUGCUGGAGCAGUGGACCAGCCCAUUUUUGCUCUUGUACAACAUGGCGAGCCUGGAUAGUCGUCGUCGCUCUUCCAAUGAUGACCAGCCCAGUGUUUCCAGCACGCUGCCAACACUUGAGGUGUUUCUGUAGCGGUUCUUAGUAUUCCCUUCAGUCUCCAGAAUAUAGUAGAUCAAGACUAAUAGAUAUCAGAUGGGAGUUUGAAAGCAUCUUUGUCUACCUCUAAUAUUAAGAGGUUUACUUAUUUUAAAAAUCACACUGAUAUAGUUUUCAUGAUUACUGUAAUUCAAAGUGUAUUUAGAAAAAAAUGUUCUUAUGCUGUGACAAUAUUCAAAACAGUAUUUACAUUUUAUUUAAAAACUGUUUGCCAAAUUAUUUUUUAGUUGAUUCAGUUAAAUUACAUUCAGAAAAAAAUAAUAUGGCAAAGUUUUUUGUUUUCUUUUUAAAAUAUUUGUAUAAAAAGCAUUUUUGAUAAAUGUAUAAUUAUGAACACUUCACAAUUUAAAGAGUGAAAAUUUAUUUAAAAUCACAUUUUCUUUACAAAACUAUUUAUUUUAAAAUUUCAAACUCAAAUAAAAACCAUUACACUUUAAUAAAUGUAAUUAUUGAACAUUUCCCAAAGCAAAGUUGUGGAUGUGAAAUAACAAAAUCAGUCUAUAUUAUUUUUAAGAAAUUCUGUGUGACUGAAACAAAUCUUCCUGCCUUACACUAGAUACACCACUAUUACUAUGGAGAAUAUGAAAUUUGCAAAUGCAAAAAAUUUUAUGGAAAAAUGAACAAUCUUGUUAAAUUCAAAACUCCUUGUAAAUUAUAAUUAGAUGAAUAAAAUUUAGAUCUAUAGAAAAGAUCAAUAUAUUUUUAAAAAAAAAGCUAUUCCUAUUUUGAAUCUGAUGGAACAAGUGUUUUUUCUAGUUAGUUGGACCCUCAAAUAUCCACAGUAUUGACAAAAGUAUUAAAUAUUUGAUUCCCCCCCCCCACCCCCACCCAUUACAUUGAACGUUUUUGAGUGAGCCAUGCUGUGAAUUAUUCUUAAUGCUCUAACAGUAGCAUUUAAUCAGUUUGUAUACUUAAAUUAGGGCUAUUAUUAUUAAGUUAAUUAAGUGUAAAAUUAAAAAUAAUAAAAAAUGCUGUAAAAAAACAACUAAUACACAAAUAGACAAAUUAUAUAAAGCCAUCACACAAGAUUGUCUGGGCUGUGAGAUGGAUUGUGUGAUGGAUUGUGCCAUGUAACAGUGCGUCCUGACCGUGCUGGCACGUAGCCAGGUGGUCGGAAAUCCAUAGGAGGUGGAGGAGGUAAACAGUCACUUUCUCUUGUAGCUUCUAGAAGGGAUGGUCUACGAUAGGGAGGGGGGACUACAGUUUUGGCAUUGUUGCUAUUAAAUUUUGUAGCAUUUGUAUUGGCUGUUGCUGUAACAAGGGGAACAGAUUUGGAUGUCGGCUGUUUAUGGAUGGAGUUAGCUCUCAUCUGAUCCUCUUUUUGUUUCUGCAGUGUUUGCCUUAAAGUUCUUCGUUUCUGAAAAAAAAUUUGAAAGAAAGUUUAUACAAAUUAUUACCAAAAAAACUGAUCAAUUAUUUCUGAAGUGUGAUGUAAAAAUUGCAUGUUUUAUUUAAUGGGACUGCUAUUGAGACUUAAAAAUUUUGCUGUGAGUUCCUUGUAUUGCGAUUUAUUAUUGUAAAAUUGAAGUUUAGCCAAAGAGCUUGGCUAGUAAUGUUUCUAACAAAAUCAUUUAUGAGUCCAGGAAAUCUAUAUUGCCCUUAAAAUAAAGUUAAUUGUAUGAUUCUAUCCAGAUCACAUUGUUUUUUGUUUUUUUACGUAAUGGGCAGAAAGUU